AAACUUAAUUUGAUGUGAAGUUUGAUAAGAAAGGUUUAAAGUUGAGGAGAAGUUGAUGAGAUAAACAUAAUCAUAUUUGAGUUGAGCAGCGUACCGAUGUGGAGUUCAAGCAGAGUCGUCUCCGAAGAAGAACAAACUGAAUCUUCUUCUUUCUCAACUUCUCUCUUUAAUUUCUCUUCUGGAAACCCUAGAAUCGAAGAAACUCGCGGCCUCAUGCAUGUCUUCCCCGAACAAACCCCUCCUUCUCUUCCGGUUGGACGGAAGCCAUUGGCGUGUGUUUUGGGAGUACCAAAUCACAUGACAUAUGCUGAUUUUUGUCAGUUUUGUGGUUCUUUUAUUCAGCAUAUUCUUGAAAUGCGUAUUGUUAGAAUGGAAUCCAUGGAAGAUCGUUACAGUGUUUUGAUUCGCUUCGAUGAACAAGAUUCUACGGAUGCUUUCUAUACUCAUUACAAUGGUCGACGUUUUUCCUCUCUAGAGGUUGAGGUGUGUCGUGUUGUUUUCACGUUAGAUGUGCAGUAUACUGGAUCAAUUGAACACGCACAACCAUCCAAUGCUACUUCAACUGAACAGCCUACAUGUCCAGUUUGCCUUGAGCGAUUAGAUCAAGACACGAGUGGAAUUCUUACAACCAUAUGCAAUCAUUCUUUCCAUUGCUCCUGUAUUUCAAAAUGGGCAGAUUCUUCUUGUCCUGUAUGCCGCUAUUGCCAACAACAAGCUGAAAAUUCUAUAUGUUUCGUUUGUCAAACCACUGAGAACCUUUGGAUAUGUGUUAUAUGUGGGUUUGUUGGCUGUGGAAGAUAUAAAGGAGGGCAUGCCAUAAUACACUGGAAAGAGACGCAGCAUUGCUAUUCCUUAGAAGUGGAAACUAAGCGUGUCUGGGAUUAUGUCGGAGACAACUAUGUCCAUAGACUUAUUCAGUCCAAAACUGACGGGAAGUUAGUUGAGCUGAACUCUCACUGUGUGCAUGCAGACAGUGGCAGCUGUGGAGAUAAUGCCAUGAGAGAGGCUAUACUUAAUAGUAAAGUUCAAGCGAUUGUCAAUGAAUACAAUGAAUUGCUUGCUACACAACUUGAAAACCAAAAAUUGUAUUUUGAAUCCUUAUUACAACAAGUAGAACAAGAAACUGAAGGAAAAAUUUCCGUAGCAGUUCAGAAGGCUGUCAGUCUCAAACAGCAUAAGAUUCAUGCGAAGAUUGAUCGAUGUAACAAAGAGAAGAAGUUUCUGGAUGAGCUUAAUGACAAUCUUUUGAAAAAUGAGGAGAUCUGGAAAGCCAAGUUACUUGAGAUUGAAGAGAGGGAGAAAAAGGCUUUAAAGCUGACUACUGAUAGGGUAACGGACCUAGAAAAGCAGCUUAGUAACCUCAUGGUUUGUCUUGAGGGUGGGAAGACGGAAGAACACCCGCCAUUGUCAAAUGCAAAUGACGGAACUGUCUCUGUCAUUUCAAAAGUAUCCUCAGUCAAAUUGUAGCUCUUACUGGGAAGAAAAGCACGGUAGAAAAAGGAAUCAUUUCAUUAGACUUUGCUGGGAGUUGAACGGGAAAGGGGAGGGACAUGAACAAGGCAAGGAAACAAACACACCACUGCUAGUUCUAGGGAAAAAUAGGUAUAGGGAAAGGCUUUGGAAGAUUUUAAAUUCCUUGUUUUGAAAUGCUCGCAAACAAACAAGGAAUGUUUUUUUAUUAUCAAGAAACAAGAGAAGAGUUCAUCAUAGUCCUUUCUCUUUUCUCUUUUCUGCUCCUAACAUCAUCUCCUAAACAAACACUGCUUAGGCUGACCUGCACCACUGUUAUACUUACAAGUUUACACAAACUAAACUGACGGAUGGAGACACGAGUUGUGAUGCUUCCA